UUUCAUGGGGGGCCUGGGUUGGGAUUUGGAGCUGGAGGUUCAAGGUAAGUCCGCACCCUGCUGUCAGUUAGCAAGUCACUCUCCCUGUCUGAGCCUUAGUUACCACUCCUGUCACUGUGGACAGUAUCCAACCCUUAGGUCUUUUUCCUCCCUCCAUGGUGCAGGAUACUGGAUGGGCACAUAGUGGGAACACGAUCGAGAGAGAAUGCUUAGUGGGUGCACAGCUGAGGUAGGGCACAUAGUGUGUCUGUGGCUGAGGGGAUGUAUAGUGGGUGCACAGCUGAGGUAGAGCGCAUAGUGGGUGCAUGGCUGAGGUACAGAGUAUAGUGCGCGUGCAGCAGCGGUGGGUGACUGCCUUAUGAAAGGGCGUCAGGAGGCUCCCUCACUCCCCUCCUUACUGGAGAAUGCACUGACUUCCUUUAAUGUUCAUUGUUUGCCACAGAGCUGCAGACACGAGGCAGUGGCUGCCGUGCUGGCUGCUGGGAGGAGGAGGCCCUCGGUGGUGCCCAUGGCUGGCCAGGACCCCACGCUGAGCACGAGUCACCCGUUCUACGACGUGGCCAGACAUGGCAUUCUGCAGGUGGCAGGGGACGACCGCUUUGGAAGACGUGUUGUCACGUUCAGCUGCUGCCGGAUGCCGCCUUCCCACGAGCUGGACCACCAGCGGCUGCUGGAGUAUUUGAAGUACAUGCUGGACCAGUAUGUGGAGAAUGAUUAUACCAUCAUCUACUUCCACUACGGGUUGAACAGCCGGAACAAGCCGUCCCUGGGCUGGCUCCAGAGCGCAUACAAGGAGUUCGACAGGAAAUACAAGAAGAACUUGAAGGCCCUCUACGUGGUGCACCCCACCAGCUUCAUCAAGGUCCUGUGGAACCUCUUCAAGCCCCUCAUCAGUCACAAGUUUGGGAAAAAAGUCACCUAUUUCAACAACCUGCGUGAGCUCCGUGAACACCUGAAAUACGACCAGCUGAUCGUCCCCCCCGAAGUUCUGCGGUACGAUGAGAAGCUACAGAGCAUGCACCAGGGCCGGCCGCCACCUUCCGCCAAGACACCGCCGCCGCGGCCCCCGCUGCCCACCCAGCAGUUUGGCGUCAGUCUGCAAUACCUCAAAGACAAAAAUCAAGGCGAACUCAUCCCCCCCGUGCUGAGGUUCACAGUGACGUACCUGAGAGAGAAAGGCCUGCGCACCGAGGGCCUCUUCCGCAGAUCCGCCAGCGUGCAGACCGUCCGCGAGAUUCAGCGGCUCUACAACCACGGAAAGCCCGUGAACUUUGACGACUAUGGGGACAUUCACAUCCCUGCCGUGAUCCUGAAGACCUUCCUUCGAGAGCUGCCCCAGCCACUGCUGACCUUCCAGGCCUACGAGCAGAUUCUUGGGAUCACCUGUGUGGAAAGCAGCCUGCGCGUCACCCGCUGCCGCCAGAUCCUGGGGAGCCUGCCCGAGCACAACUACGUCGUCCUCCGCUACCUCAUGAGCUUCCUGCACACGGUAUCUCAGGAAAGCAUUUUCAACAAAAUGAACAGCUCUAACCUGGCCUGUGUCUUCGGGCUGAAUUUGAUCUGGCCGUCCCAGGGGGCCUCCUCCCUGAGUGCGCUCGUGCCCCUGAACCUGUUCACUGAACUGCUGAUUGAGUACUAUGAAAACAUCUUCAGUGCGCCGGAGGCACCUGGGGGGCAUGGACUGGCACCGAAGGGGCAGGGGGGCAGGGCCGCCCCUUUGCAGGAGGCUGUGCUGCAGACACAAGCCACGGCCCUCACCAAGCCUUCCCUAUCUCCAAGUGCCCUGACAGCAACCAGAAGACACUUGUAGUGUUGCAAACACUCUUUAUAGACCCAGCUACCUCCCACACCUGUCUGUGCACUUGUGUGUUUUAUAAACUUGCCAUCUGAGGCAUUAGAUGAACUCAGAACCUUGGAAUUAAAAUUCUAUGCUUCCGGCCCUUGGACUCUUCUCUGUGGUGCCUGAGCUAGGGACGGAAAAAAUAA